UGGAAACGUCGCGGGGCUUCGACCUCUGUUGUCGGUUGAAUAGCGUCAGGCGCUCGGAGCCCUGAGACGCGGAGAGCUGGGGGUCAUGGAGGCGGUGGGACGACUUCUGCUGCCUCUGCUGCUUCUGUCCUGGGGAGGACAGCAACUACAGGUCGGGGGGGUCCGGUCGGUCACCCUCCCAGAAUCCCUCUUGUUCGUCUCGACACUGGACGGUAGUCUGCACGCUGUCUCCAAACAAUCGGGGGAGAUCAAGUGGACUCUGAGAGAAGACCCCAUCAUCCAAGUGCCUGUCUACCUCUCAGAACCAGGUUUCCUCCCAGACCCCAAUGAUGGUAGUUUGUACAUCCUGGGCGGGAAGCACAAGGAAGGCCUGAUGAAACUACCUUUCACCAUCCCAGAGCUGGUUCAGUCAGCUCCCUGCCGGAGCUCUGAUGGUGUCCUCUAUACAGGUAAAAAACAGGAUGUGUGGUUCGUGGUGGAUCCUGAGACCGGUGAGAAGCAAACCAGUCUGACCACCUCCUCCUCUGAGUCCAUCUGCCCCAACUCUCCUCUGCUCUACAUAGGACGCACAGAAUAUGUUGUGACCAUGUUCGACACGAAGACGCAGGAGCUGCGAUGGAACGCCACGUACAACGAUUACUCUGCUCCUCCUUAUGAUGAGAAGCAAGACUACAAAAUGGCUCAUCUUGUGUCGAGUGGGGACGGCCUCGUGGUGACAGUGGACAGAGAGUCAGGUGACGUCCUGUGGACUCAGAACUACGGCUCACCCGUCGUGGGCGUGUACCUGUAUUCCGGCGACUCGCUGAGACACGCCCCCCACCUGUCCCUGGCCAUGGAGACGCUGCGCUUCCUCACCUUCUCAGCCGGCGGCCACACCGACGCACCCUCCACGCUGAAGUGGAGCUAUCAGUUUGUGAAGGAGCAGGCAAGCGCAAAAACACAACUCGUACCAACUCUCUAUGUUGGAAAGCUGGACACUCACCUCUACGCCUCCACCUCCCUCGUCCACCACGGAAUCUCAUUAGUGCCUCGGGGUCUGACCCUGGCUCGGAUCGAAGGUCCUGUGACGGCCGGAGUGACGGUCAGUGAGCGAGGGGAGUGUGAGAUCAUACCGUCCACCGACAUACGCUACCCACCGGGGACCACCAACAGCCGGAAGAACCACUGGCUGCUAAUAGGUCAUCACGAGCUCCCUCCAGUCGCCCACACCACCAUGCUGAGGGAUUUCCCCGUCAGCCUGCAGCAUUCUGGCGAGGCGGUCAUCCCCCCUCGCCCCCCCGGCUCCCCUGCCUCCUACUACCCCCAGCGAUAUUUCCAGACGGUCGGUGGUGGCCACCCUAGCGGGGACAGAGGAGGGGAGGACGGGGACGGGGACGCUCCGGGGCCCAAGCAGCCUCGGAGGCCGGUCGCUGCGCUGCCGGUCUACAUGACUCCGGACCGCCUGACGCUGGCUGUCCUGACGCUGCUGCUGGGAGGAUGGGUGGCCUUCGCGCUCACGUACCCUGGUCGAGCAGCCCAGCAGCUGAAAGCUCGGAGGCAGCUGGAGGAGGCGUUUGAGUCUCGUCUCCAGUGCUUACAGACCAACAUGCAGACUAACACCCAGACGGGGACCUUGGUUUCCACAGACACGACUCUCUCCUCCGACACAAACCUCUCCGGUGACUCUGCACCUGCAUUGCCCCCCCCUCCCCCGAGCCCUCACACUCGGAGCAGCAGCGCCUCAGACGCUGGUAAAAAUGAUACAACGGGUCACAGUCCCACAGCAGACCUCUCAGAAGGAAACAGUGAGGAGGUGCAGGUCGGGAAAAUCUCCUUCACGCCGGCUGACGUCCUCGGACACGGCACAGCAGGAACCUUUGUGUUCAGGGGUCAGUUCGACGAACGCCACGUGGCCGUGAAGCGAAUCCUGCCGGAGUGUUUCGAGGUGGCAGAGAGAGAAGUGCAGCUCCUCCGAGAGUCCGACACUCACCCGAACGUCAUCCGGUACUUCUGCACGGAGAGAGACCACCUCUUCACGUACAUCGCCAUCGAGCUGUGCGCCGCCACGCUGCAGCAGUACGUGGAGGAUCCAUCCGGCUUCCCCGAGUUGAGUCCUAUAACUCUACUGGAGCAGACCAUGUGUGGCCUUUCACACCUGCACUCACUCAACAUAGUCCAUCGCGACCUGAAGCCCAGGAACAUCCUGCUGUCGGUUCCCAGUGCGCUGGGUCAGGUCCGAGCGCUCAUCUCCGACUUCGGACUCUGUAAGAAGAUCCCGGACGGGCGCUGCAGCUUUUCUAUGCGGUCGGGGAUUCCGGGAACUGAAGGGUGGAUAGCCCCUGAAGUACUGGGGGAUACGCCUGGAAAUAAACCAACGGCAGCGGUGGACGUGUUCUCAGCCGGAUGUGUGUUCUACUACGUGAUCAGCAGGGGGCAGCACCCGUUCGGUGACGCACUGAGACGACAGGUCAACAUCCUGGCAGGAGAAUACUCCCUCUCACGUUUUAUGGAGGAUAUACACGAUAACGUCAUAGCACAGGAUCUGAUCGAGCAGAUGAUCGGGGCCGAGGCCGAGUCCCGCCCGUCCACCGCCUGCGUGCUGAAGCAUCCCUUCUUCUGGAGUCUGGGGAAGCAGCUGCUCUUCUUCCAGGAUGUGAGCGAUCGCAUCGAGAAGGAGGCGGCGGACUCUCCCAUCGUGGUCCGACUGGAGACUGCAGGCCGAGCCGUGGUCCGGGCCAACUGGAGGAUGCACAUCUCUGGGCCUCUUCAGACAGAUUUGCGGAGAUUCAGGACGUAUAAAGGAAACUUGGUGCGAGACCUGCUGAGAGCCAUGAGGAAUAAGAAACAUCACUACCACGAGCUGCCUCCCGAGGUGCAGGAGACGCUGGGCGAGCUGCCCGAAGGCUUCAUCAGCUACUUCACCUCCAGGUUCCCCCGGUUGCUGAUGCACACGCACGCCGCCCUGAGCAUCUGCGCGCACGAGAGGCCGUUCCACCCUUACUACCUGCCCCCCCCGCGCCCAGCCACGCUAACAUGACUCUGCUCUCCGGACUCCACACGCACACACACGCGUCCAUGGACCUUUUGGUGAGCAGAGGAAAUCGCUGACAGUGCCAUGUUAUUGCUUUUGUAAAGCCCCACACUGUUUACGGGACGGUUACAGUGUUGUUGUUGUUGUUGUUUUUAUAAACCUUGAUUUGUUUUUCAAAUUAAACUUAGAAGCCACUCAGAAUGCAGAUCUCCACAAAGUCUGCACACGGUUGUUUUAUCAAUAAUAUAAAUAUGAAAUCUUUCAAACGCAGUCGCCACAUAUUUGUUUUCAGUUAAGUGCAAUAGUUUAGCUUUGGUUUUUUUAUAAUCACUACAGAUCCAGGAGCACAGAAGUUCUUUGGGGUGGGGGG